AUGGGUCCCGAUCCCGUCAGCUCGUCACCUCCUGGCGGCACGCUUUCGUUUCCGCCACUGGCGCUGCCGCCGCCGGUCGGCGAGCCGCACCAUUGGAGCGCCACGGCAGCUUCCGCGCUGCAUUCCACAGUGACGGUGGCUGGCCCGCCUGGUGCGGGUACUCCCUAUGCUGCUCCGCCCGCUGCUUCUUCCCCCAGUGCUGCUCCGCCUUGCACUCCGACUCUCCGCGGGGUUCAGCAGCGUCCCAGCGCCUCUAAGGCUCCUCCUCCUGCUGCUUCUUCCCCCCCCGCGACUGGCGCUCGGGCAGUCGCCUCUCCGACCAUUUCCACCCCCGGGACCAACCGCGCCGAUCCCGCAGGCGCGUCCGCCUACGGCGCUUCAUCUGCCGCCGCCGCCGCCACCGCUGCUGCUGUUGCUUAUGCUUCCGAAGUGAGGGGCGAGGAUGGUCGUGCAUGGAAGAGGGCAAGGGUGAUGGGGACGUGCAAGGAGGAGGAGGCGUGGGAGGCAUGGGAGGAGACUGUGAUGAGACCCUGCAGCGACGGCACCGAGAUGUCGGAUGAAACACCGCCAAUGCAGCAGCAGCAGCAGCAGCAGCAGCAGCAGCAGCAGCAGCAGCAGCAGCAGCAGCAGCAGCAGCAGCAGCAGCAGCAGCAGCAGCAGCAGCAGCAGCAGCAGCAGCAGCAGCAGCAGCAGCAACAGCAGCAGCGGAUCCCCCUGAACCAUGCAGGCAACACCGUUCCAUCAUCGCUCACAUUGAAUGCUUCUUCUGCAGCGAUCCCCUCAACCACCUCCCCUGCUUCGCCUGCCGCCCGGCUUGCCGACGCGUUGUGCGUUUCCGUCAAUGCUGAGUGCGAUCUCUCUGCUCGUGACGCUGCUUUUGCCGCUCAGACACCCCCUACUAGUGCGCUGUUGCGGCCCUUUGCGUCGACUCAAGCGCCUCCUACUACUAGUGCGCUGCUGGGAUCUCCCCGAUGGUACUCCGGCGUUGGCGCCGGCGGCGGUGCCGGUGGUAGUUAUAGCAGCAGCGGGAGACACGGCGACGUUCCCCCGGAGCAGUUCCUUCGAUGGACCAACGAGGAGGACAGGGUGUUGCUGCGCCACGUCACGCGCUACGGCACGCGCAACUGGGGCCUGCUGCAGCGAAGCCGCUCGCUGCCCCUGCGCGACAACAAGGCGUGCUGCAACCGCUUCAUCCUCCUCAAGAAGAGGUUUCUGGAGAAGCACAAGUCUCAAGCUACAGCUACAGCCACAGCCAUGGCUACAGCUAUAGCUGAACAGCUACAGGGUGGGGGGAGCGCGACACAGAUACAGCUCGAGACGACUGCUGCUACAGCUGAGGUUGGAGUGAGUCAGCCAGAGCUACAGCUCCAGACGGCUGCUGCUACAGCUGAGGCUGGAGGGAGUCAGCCAGAGCUACAGCUCGAGAGUGCUAAGGUCAUUGACCAUGCGAGUGCUUCUCUUUCUGAAACCCUUGGGUGGGAGAGAGGGGGAGAGGCUCGACCUCUGGGUUCUCCUGCUGUGGCGUUCUCUGCUCCGGCUGCUGUUGCUGGGCGGUUGAGUGGGGUGGAGAACGGUGCAGAUGCUGCCAGUGAUGCUGCUGCUGCUGCUGCUGCUGCUGGUGGCCAGCAGCAGCAGCAGCAGCAGCAGCUCCAGCAGGAGCAGUAUCUGUUGCAACAGCAGCGGUAUGAGCAGCAGCAACGGCAUUCGGCGGGCUUGGAACCUCGUUUUCUGGAGACUGAGAGGUGGUGGGAAAUGCAGCAACAGCAGCAGCAGCAGCAGCAGCAGCAGCAGCAGCAGCAGCAUCAGCAGCAGCAUCAGCAGCAGCAUCAGCAGCAGCAUCAGCAGCAGCAUCAGCAGCAGCAUCAGCAGCAGACGUUCAAUUCCUUUGCUGAAGCAGCCCAGCUCCCAGCUGCACCCUGGACUUCCAUCUCCCACGCCAGCAUGUCAAUGUCUCAUGCCACCACGUCAACUGCCCAAGCUGCCACCACUUCCACUUCCCACGCUGCCACCUCUCUUUCGCAUGCGGUGACUUUUGAGUCGACUCGAAAUAAUGUCUCCCAAGCCAACGUCGCCAGCAUGUCAAUGUCUCACGAUGCCACUGCUUCGACUUCCCAUGCUGCUACCUCUGUUUCUCAUGCCACCAUGGUGGGUGUGAGAGUAUACGAGUCCCUGGUUGGCGCGAGCUCACAGCAGGUAGCAGCUGCUAUACUGGCCUGGGAGGGGACAGGGUCGCUUCUGGAGCAGCGCAGGAGGGAGGAGAGGCGGGUGCGGGCUCUUGAGGCACCCCAGGGGUUGACUUUUGAGUCGACUCAAAAGUCAACUUUUGAGGCGCCCGAGGGGUUGUUGGAGGGGACAGGGUCGCUUCUGGAGCAGCGCAGGAGGGAAGAGAGGCGGGUGCGGACUGUUCAGGCGGCCCAACAGUCGUUGCAUGGGCCAGGGGUGGGGCUGGAACAGAGGGGGAGGGGCGAGAGGGGGGGGCGGCCUGGGUUGUGGGGUGGUGGUGGAGUGGAGGGGAUGUGGAGUGGUAAGGAGAGUGGUGGGAGAGAGGGAGUGGGGGCUAUGAACAUUGAUGAUGCAGGAAGGAUGCAGGAGGAAAGGGGAGGAGAGGAAAGGAGGGAGGGGACAAGGAGGGAGGAGGAAAAGAGAGAUGAGGAAGGGAGAGAGGAGAAUAUGAGGGAGGGGAAAAGGUGGGGGGAGGAGAGGAUCCAGGGGUCAUGGGAAUGGGAUGGAAUGGGUUGGGAGCAGCUGGGGAGUGGUGGGGUUGGAAGGGCGUGGACUGCACUGGAUGGGGGCCAUGCUUGGAUAAGAACUUUCCUGCGGGCUGCUUGCCUUGCCAGAAGAUGCCGCUAG